UGGGUUUGUUUUGGGGCCUUCCCACAGAAAGUGUUUGUGUUUGCACAACUUGGAAAUUAGAUUCCACACAGAGUGUAGGUAGCUUUUCCCCUCCUGGGUAAACUGAUUUGUUAGGGUCCCUGCAUUUCAUGGAAAGGAAAUUGGGGGUGCAGAAAAUAGGGGGGCAUGCAAAAGCAGCACUUGGAAGUGGUGAUUGCCUCCAGCAAAAGAAGGCCUUCUUGCAAGCGCUCAGCAGAAACCUGGGAAGAAAACCAGCCUGUUUACAAGAGAUCCCGGACAAAUUUGUUGGUUUGCCCCAUGGAGAGAGAGGCUUCCCUACUACCAGAAAGCAAUAGAUGCAGCUAUUACAGCACCGAUAUGCCUGUUACUUCCAGGCAGAGCUGCCCCACAGCACAGCCAUCCUGCAUAUACCAACCCAAGGAGGCUCCUCACUGGAGAGUUUAUGAUCCCUUUGAUUUUACCUCUGAUGAGCUGAAUCCUGCCUAUGAAUGGCUAGGAAACUCUUCCUCAGCUGGAAAAUGUGCAGAUGUAAUUUCACUGCUGAGAAGUAUUCUGAGCCCAUUCCCGUUGGGUCUGCGAUUGAACAAGCUAGAGGCCAUAGUGUGGAGUAAACAUAAGAUCCAUCUACUUAAACUAAGCCUGGAGCAAGGUUACAGGGACAGCCUUCAGUUUUUACAAGCAGUGCCUGGGAUCAUCCUCAAAUUCCAGCACAAGAAGCCUUUCCGAUGCCUUGUGCAGCUGGAUACAGCUGGUGGCAAAGUUUCACACUGAUUAUCUCACCAUAGCAGACACAUCCAGAAAGAAACUGUGGUAUUGCAAGAUCCCCGAGAGUGUUCAUCAUAAAAAGUGGGAACAGAAUGGCGCUCAGAUUUCAGAUUUAAUCCCAAGGUGAAGCUGAUUUAAUCUCAAGAUGAAUUAUUUCUGAAAAUGGAAUUCAGCCUAUAGAGGGCACAAUAUCCCUAUUUUUGUAAGGCCUUUAAAAAAAAAAAAGCAAUGUUAACCUAACAUUCGGAUGCUUGGUGUUAAUAACUAAAUGAGAUUGUAUUAAAAGGAGCUUCG